AUGGAGGAGAAGGAGCGAUGUAGGAGCAGGUCUCCAGCUCGGAGGGCCAGCCGGGUGCAGCAGGUGGUGGGAACAAUAAUACGCCGUACCCGAGAGUCACUUAGCAGAGAGCGGUUGCUAGGCGAUGGGAGGUCGCAGCGCUCCAACAGUCUGUCCAAUCAGAACUUCCAAGCCAAGCUGUCACUGCAGAUCACCAGGGACCCUGUCCUGGACAGCAGCACUGGACAUGGCUUCACGCUUACCACAAACACACCCCUGCUGGUCAGGGACAUCGCCCCUGGGAGUCCUGCAGAUGGGAUACUGUACCCAGGGGACCAUGUGUUGCAGAUUAAUGAUACCGUGUUGGAGGAUUUGAGUGCUGAGCAGGUGGAAAACGUCUUAAGGGACUUGGAGGAUUGUAUCACUGUGACUAUCCUCCGGCACAUGACCAAUCCUAAGUCAUCCAUCAUGUCAGCGGAGAAGAGAGCUCGUCUGAGGAAUAAUCCAGUUAAAGUGCGCUUUGCAGAGGAGGUGGUGGUCAAUGGGCACACUCAGGGAAACUCUCUUCUCUUCCUGCCCAAUGUUCUAAAAGUCUAUUUAGAGAACGGACAGACUAAGGCCUUCAAGUUUGACAACACCACCACUGUCAAGGACAUUGUUCUGACUCUGAAGGAUAAACUGUCCAUCCGGGCCAUCGAGUACUUUGCACUGGUGUUAGAGCAACAGUACAGCAUCACCAAACUACUGCUGCUGCACGAAGACGAGUUCAUACAGAAGGUGGUGCAGAAAAAAGACUCCCAUGAUUACAGGUGUCUGUUCAGGGUGUGUUUCAUUCCCAGAGAUCCCGUGGACAUGAUGCAGGAAGACUCCUCUUCCUUUGAGUACUUCUUUUUGCAGAGUGUCGGGGAUGUGCUGCAGGAGCGUUUUGCCGUUGAGAUGAAGUGUAACACUGCACUCCGCCUUGCUGCCCUGCACAUGCACGAGAGGCUAGAUAGUUGUGGACAGACCAGGGCCUCUAUCAAGAACAUUACGAAGGAGUUUGGCCUGGAUAGCUUCAUCUCUCCCACACUGCUGAGCAACAUGAGGGAAAAGGACCUGAGGAAAGCCAUCAGCUACCACCUCAAAAAGAUCCAGUCCCUGCUAGAGCCACGCCAGAAGGUCAUAUCUGCAAAUCAGGCUCGGUUGGCCUACCUCACUCAGCUGGGAGAGCUCAUUUCUUAUGGGGGACGUUCCUACCCAGCUACAAUGAUGCUUCAGGACAGGGAGGUGCUGGUCAGCCUGCUGGUGGGAGCAAAGUAUGGAAUGAGCCAGGUCAUCAACCACAAGCUCAAUGUGAUCUCUAGACUGGUUGAGUUCAGCAGCAUCAGCCGAGUGGAGUUGCUCUCUGAGUCGGACAAAGUCAGCCUACUGCGCAUCUCACUGCACGACAUGAAGCCAUUUGCCUUACUGAUGGACUCUCUGGCCGCCAAAGACUUAGGGUGUCUGCUGGGAGGCUACUGCAAACUCCUGGUGGAUCCAAGUGUCAAUGUCUUCCGUCUGGGGCGCCCAAAAGUGAGGGUGCACCGGAUUCCUGCUGAAGAAGGUGUGUGUGGAAAGUUCGCCGUAAUAGAGGGAGUGUGCUAUGAAUCCCUAUCAAGUUAUGUGUCUCGCUGCUGUAGUGACUCAGAUGACUCAACAGAUGAGGAUGACCCAAUGGAUUCUCAGAAUUAUAAACGCCCAGACCCAGCAAGUCAGGACUGGGAAGAGAGGAGGAGAGAGGAGGAAGAAAAGAGGAGAGAGGAAGAGCGAAAAGAGAGAGAGGAGCAUAAAGGCAAACAGGAAGUGAAAAUAAUAGUGACAACAGAAGGUAAGGAAAAUGAGGGUGAAGAGGAAGGAGGCGCAACAGGAACUGGCCUGCGAAUAUUUAGUGUUAUGGAUGAGGAAAUGAAUCUGGAGACCACCUGGUACCACACCGAUCCACGGGUCACUAGCAGCUUUUCCAGCUUGUCCAGUGGCUCUUUAAGUGCUGCCCUAGAAGACAGCAGUGCCACAGCCAAAGCCCCUUCUCGUCCAGAUGCACUUCAUGGGCCACGCACAGGUGACAAUCUUCCAACCUUGGAUGUUCACCACCCCUUCCUUUUGGAGCCAAAACGCCACCAAGGUCCCCUGCGACCAACUAACCUCAAUUACCGUGGCAAUGACAACUCUUGCCUUUGCUUUUCUGAGCUCUCCAAGGCUGAUUUCCUCCCUAGUCCACCUGAAGCUACCAGUGAUGAUGAUGACGAUGAGGAAGAGGAAGAGCAUGGCAUGCAUGAACUCAGACGCAUUUCCAAGAUCCCUAGUUCAAGAGAUUUGAGAAUGAUUGACAGUACACCCUUUCAAAGAUCACCCAUUAAAAGAAAGAAUAAGAUCCCUCCCAAAGUCCCAUUGAGGACGAGUUCAAUUCCUGUGCACAAAGCAGGACAUGCUGAGCACCGCCUCUCGAUGGAUGAAGAGGGUUUAUUUCUAACUCCUUCACCCAACCCCAAACCAGCUCUUUUGGUCAAAGAGAAUGCCUCUGAGUCCGAAGACGAGUUUUUUGAUGCACAGGAGAGAUUUACUCCCCCAGUUCCUGAUCUAUCAGAUGCAGAGCUUGCUGACCGGAAGAAUGCAAAUCGUCUGAGUGGAAACUGGAAUGGUCUUCCAGCUGUCCAAGGGAAAGAGCCAUCCUCCCCCCUUGCCAAUAAAGCCCAAUCUACUAAAACCAAGAGUGAAUUGGAGCAACUUAAAGACUCCAAAAACCAACUUAACAACCAACAACCCAGUCCACCAAAGCCAUCUGAGAAACCUGAAGUUAAGGUCAAACCACCUUUGGCACCUAAGCCACAGCUGCCUCCCAAACCUCAGAUCAUUCCUCCCAAGUCCCCUCAACAUGGGAAAUCAUAUGCCCACUGCAAUGGGGAUGCCUCUGGACGUCUGUCUUCUGAACUCCUGGAGAUGGAGCCUGACACGAUGGAGUUCAAGUCUGUCACAUCUGGUGCAGGUGGAUUGCCUCUCUCGUCACCCCUGAUCACAGCGGUGCGGUGCAGCAAGCAACAACUACCCAUUACAACACUACAAACUGAGGAAAAGAUGAAGAGGCAAGAAAACAGCCCAAAAAAGAAUAAAGAUCUGACACAUGAGAAUGGAGUGCAUGUUAUUUCCAAAGACAAAACAUACAUUCUGGAUGAAGAGGAGACACUUAAAGUUGAGGGAAGAAGCAAUGGAACUGCCCUACCUACAAAAAAGCCACCCAACUUACCCCCUAUCCCUCGCUCCAAUUCAGGUACAAAGUUAGCCAUUCCCCCACCAGUACCCCCUAAGCCUACUUCUCCCACCAAUCUCCACCCCUUGUCACUACCCACUAGCUCUCCUGUUUCCCCCACUGAUCCAGGUAAAGGGAUCUUUAAGGACAGCAUAAGUCCACCAAAUGGAGUUCACCCUUGGAGCAGCCGCAAUGGCAGCGUCCACUCAGGACCCAGGAGGGUUUCUCUGAGCCAUGAGAGCCUGUCACCCAAAAAUACAGAUGCACCUCUCACCCUUACCACAUCCCUCAUCUCAACCACCUCCAAAGGUGUUGGGGGCUUAGAAGGCAGAGAACCGGGAAGAUCUGGGUCAGGAUCAGAUCUGAGGACCAGCUCCUCUAGCCUGGGAGGCAGAUUACCAGCCUCUGCCCUUAGAGGGAAGAUCCAGGCUCUGCCCUGGUACAUGACACGUUCUCAAGAGAUUUUGGGAACUCUGGACUAUCCUUCCACUAGCUCCAUCAAUGGAGAUACAUCUGGAUUUGGCUCUGGUUUGUCUGUAGCCAGUGGUUUAUCAGACUUAAAUAAGACCCCCGUCAAGGACAAAGAAAUUGUGGCCUCAAAAUCAGAAGGGAAAGGGAACCUUUUAGAUGAUGGAGCUGAAGUUGUCAUAGCCACCAUCAAAGAGGCCCAGGAAGUGACCUCACAUAUGAAAAACACCAGUGGGACAAACGGGUCACACCUUAAUCUGAGUUUUAAAGAGAACAGUGUUCACAGUGGCAGUGUUUCAUCGGAACAGCCACAGUCACGGGCCCAUUCAGCAGUGGGGUUGGGAGGAGUGUCCAGCAUGCAAAUUGGAGGUGACUCUCCAACAUCGUCACUUGCAGACAGUACUCCUCCACAGCAGCACCGUGAGGCCUGUGGCUGCCGAACUGUCUACGCCAACUGUUUUAGUGGGGACACUGAAGAUGGUGUCAGCUUUGAUGAGGAACUUACUGUUUAUGAGUUCUCCCGCCGCACACGGCCCAAACCUGCCCGACCUCCACCUAUCCCUUCACCUACAACACCCUCUCCAAACCCUAAUAUUCUGUCACUGCUGAGGGACAACCCUCGUCCACUGUCUACUUUCUCAACUGCGUCUUCUGAACUCAGUCCCCUAGUUUCACGUCCCGGCUCCCCUACAACCUCACUUGGUGGUCCUCUUCGUUCCCUUACCAACAAGAAUUAUGGUGGGUUAAAGGGAGGUUUUGCCUCCCUUCGACAAGAUAUAGAUCAACUUCUGCUGGUGUUAGAGAGGGGAGCACUUGAUCAGCCACAACAAACAUCAUGUCAAGAUGGUGCAGGCAUAAAAGUUGGGCCUGACCUAAAUCACAAUGGAAGUGAAGGCAGUAUGACUGCAAACCUAGGUCCAAAUUGUACUGGGACCUGGGAUCCUACCGCCAUGACAGAGGCUGAAAGGAGUCUUCUCCAGGCAGAAGCUCGACGAUUGGCAUCUGGGUGUCAGCGGGCCACACGUGUGGGCUGGGCUCCGGAUGAAGCCCUGCGUUCUUUAUCUAACAGCUUCAGUGCCCUGGUUCAGUUGUCAGCAGCUUGCCUGCGAACAAAUCCGUGCCCCGGUUGUGACAUCUGUCAUAAUCCAAGUUUGGUCCACAGGGAUGAGGACGAUGACAGUGUGGAGGCCAUGGGCAAGCUAAAAGAGAUAGUGGGCCUGUACCGUGAGUUUGUCGGGGCUGUUGAGACAGCAGGAACUGGUGCUGGGGUGGGGGGUAAGAGCGUGGGGCUCACUGGACAGAGCCAGGGGGAGAGUGAUGGAGUGAGGCUACUAGCCAAACGCUGCACUGUACUCAUCUCCUCUGUAUUCGCACUCACACAGCUCUUCCGGACACGCACACUAGACACCCCAGACACACCGGUUAACAUACCUCUCAACUUUUGAUCUGUGAACUUUUAUCCACUAAUAACACACUGACCCUAGAGGUGUGACAAGAGGAAACAGC